AUGUUACCUUUCUCAGAUUUUGAAUUACUAACCCCUGAAACGCCAAAACAUCGUACAGGUCUAACAAGAAAAAUUCCACCAUGGACUCCCGCUCUCAUUGAUAUACUGAAAUCUUCCUGUUCAACUAGUUCAACUACUCCAAUAGGUGAGACUGCGUCAAAACGACGAGACGAUUUAGCAUUAAAAACGCCACCAUGGACACUAGUCGAAGUGGAUACGUCAAAAACAACACUACCUAAUUUUCUAUCAUCACCGGUACUCGAAUCCGUCUUACCUACUCUCAAGCAUACAACAUUAACUGAAUGCGUUGGAAUUAUUACGUAUUAUUCAUUGACAAACACAUAUCCACAACAUCAUAAUACACAUAUUGAAAAUGUAUCUCACGAACUAACUGAAUUUUUAGAGAAAACAUUAGAAGCAAACAGAGUCAAACGAAUAUCAAUAGACGAUAUUCAACAGCUAGCAUGGUUAUCAUGUUAG